UUCAUUACUGCAUUUAUUUUUUAGAAAGAUUGGAAUCCAUUCGGACGAACUUAAACAGCCUCUUCUCUAGGCUCACUCUGCAUGCUGCUAGUGACAACCUGCUGGCACAACAAUCCGGCCAGGUCUUGGAAGAUUUAACUUUUGAAAGCUUCCUAAAACAUUGGAAAGACAAUGGAUUUAAAAGAAUUAUUACCAUGGUUGGUGCCGGAAUAUCUACUUCUUCUGGCAUACCGGAUUUUCGCUCACCUGGUUCGGGCCUGUAUGACAACUUGCAAAAAUAUAAUUUACCGCAUCCGACCGAUAUAUUUGAAUUGGAUUACUUCAUGGAUAAUCCAAAGCCCUUUUUUACUUUGGCCAAAGAACUUUAUCCUGGACAUUAUAUCCCAUCACCGGCGCAUUAUUUUAUACGUUUAUUACAUGAUAAAAAGUUGUUAACCCGGCAUUAUACGCAGAAUAUUGACUGUCUAGAGCGUUUAGCAGGUAUACCAGAAGAGAAAUUGGUCGAGGCACAUGGCACAUUUCAUACAAACCAUUGCGUCGACUGCAACAAAUUUUAUACGAAAGAAUGGAUGAAGGAAAAAAUAUUUGGUGACGUUUUGCCAGUAUGCGAAGAGUGUAAUGGUAUUGUUAAACCGGAUAUAGUUUUUUUCGGCGAAAAUAUGCCAGAUCAUUUUUACACCAAGCCCCUGGAAGAUUUUGACGAUUGCGACCUUUUGAUUAUUAUGGGUACAUCUUUGGAAGUGUAUCCCUUCGCUUCAUUGGUUGCUAACGUUAAACCGAAUUGUAUACGCGUGCUUAUAAACAGAGUUGCUAUUGAUAAAUUUUCGGGUCGGGACAAGAAACGCGAUAUAACGUUUUUAGGUGACUGUGACGAUGCUGUAUGGCAAAUGGCCGACGUAUUAGGUUGGACAAAUGAAUUGAAGGAUUUGUGGAAACGAGAAAGCAGUCUAUUUGAACAAGCCCGAGAGAAAUCGGAUAACAAUGCCGACCAAGAAGCUAAAAGUCCGAGAAUAAGUAAAAAUAAUUCACGGUAAAUACCACAAGCGUAUAGAUUAUUAAAAUUAGUAGUAAAACUGGGGUGGUGCAAUAGAUUUAUAAACAUGGAAAAGUUAAACAAUCGGUGGAUAUAAUCUAGUAGAAAAAAUAUAUUUACAUCUAUAUCUAUAGCUCUCGGCAAUAACUACACAAUUCAAAGUUCAGAAAAUAAAAACUCAUUAUUGGUACGUGGCUUAUGACCCUAAUCAUUGAGUAAUCCAUGUCUAAUACUUACUACUUACUGUAGUAAUCCUUACUAAAGUUAAGAUUAAAGGACUUUGUUUUUUGAAAUUUGAACUGCGUCGUUAUUGCAGAGGACCAUCGAUGUAUACAGAUAUGUAU